AUGCCCAUGGGAAAGCUUCAGGGUGACAUGGCAAUGUCAGCCAAAGCCACGGGCAUAUUCCUCCUGCUUCUUGUUCUGCUGGCAGUACCCCAGGCUGCUCCAGAGUCGGACACGGUCACGUGUCGGAAGAUGAAGGGCAAGUGUUCAUUCUUGCUGUGUCCUUUCUUCGAGAGAUCCACUGGUACCUGCUACAAUGGACUGGCAAAGUGCUGCAGACCCUUUUGGUGA